AUGCAGCUCAAUCCCAACAUGAUGUCCGAGUACAAGCUUCAGCGCGAUGCUUGUCGACCACGCGUGUAUGCAAAGUAUGAAAUCAUUGGAUUCAUCAGCUCAGGAACAUACGGCAAGGUUUACAAAGCACGAUCAAGGAACAAAGAGGACCACCGUGAGUUUGCGAUUAAGAAGUUCAAGCCCGAUCGAGAGGGAGACACACAUCACUAUGUGGGCAUAUCGCAAUCAGCCUGUCGAGAGAUAGCGCUAUGCCGAGAGCUAAAGCAUGAGAACAUUGUCAAGCUUGAAGAAGUACUAUUGGAGGAUAAGGCCAUCUAUAUGGUGUUUGAAUAUGCUGAGCAUGACUUUUUGCAAAUCAUCCAUUAUCAUCUUCACACGGAGCGAAAAGCCAUUCCCGAGGUCAUUGUCAAAUCAUUACUAUGGCAGCUUUUGAAUGGAGUCGCCUACUUACAUGCAAACUGGGUGCUGCAUCGAGAUCUGAAGCCUGCAAAUGUCUUGCUUACCAGUGAAGGAGUCGUUAAAACAGGCGAUCUUGGCCUUGCACGUUUGUUCAAUCGACCAUUACAACCACUUUUCAAUGGUGACAAAGUCGUCGUUACAAUCUGGUAUCGGGCACCCGAAUUAUUAUUUGGAUCAAGGCAUUAUACAAAAGCAGUGGACAUGUGGGCAGUGGGAUGUAUCUUUGGUGAGCUAUUGGCGCUGAAGCCUAUAUUCAAGGGCGAGGAAGCCAAGAUGGAUAGUAAAAAGAACGUGCCCUUCCAACGGAGUCAACUAUCCAAGAUAUUUGAAGUACUAGGAACGCCUACAAAGGAACGAUGGCCAACCAUUGAUCAGCUUCCGGAUUAUUGUCAUUUGAGCUCAUUCCCCAUGUGUCCUAAUAAUUUGAAGCAUAUGCAUGGUCUUCCCAAGAGUGAGAAUGGAUACAAUCUUUUGGCAUCAUUACUGGAAUAUGACCCUGCAAAACGAAUCACAGCAGAAAGUGCCCUUACUCAUCCAUAUUUCCAAGAGGAACCAAGACCUGUCAUGAACGUCCUACAACAGCAAGGUGCAGAAUACCCGCUUCGUCGAAUCACACACGAAGAUAAUGAUAUCAAAUCCAAUGCAAAACCAGCCAUCCCAUCAGCAAUGGGCCGUGAUGAUCAUUCGAGAAUGUCCAAAAAGGCGAGACAUGGCUAG